AUUCCCCUUUCUCUCGAUUCCAAUGGCCGCCGUAGCAGAAAACCCUACAUUUGCUGAGCCUGCGCCCACGAAGAAGGGGAGAACCAAAAAAGCGUUGAAGCCCAAGGCUGUCUCGUCAAAUGAGGCAAACAUCGCCGCGGGGGAGGUUCCGGAGCACUCUCCCGUCGCCGCGAAGGGGAAGCAACAGCCUUCCAAUGCGUCUUAUUUCGAGAAGCAGCUGCAGGAAAUGCAGGAGCAGCUCGAGAAAUUGAAGAUCGAGAAGGAGCAGACCGAGGAGAUGUUGAAGGCCAAGGAGGAACAGCUCGAGACUCGAGAUCGCGAGCAGGAGAAGCUCAAAAUUGAGCUCAGGAAAUUGCAGAAGAUCAAGGAGUUCAAGCCUACAGUGACAUUCCCUCUAGGGCUCGGAAUCAAAGACCUAGAGCAAGAGAAGAAGGAGAAAAAGAAGGGCGGGAAGAAGAAGCCGUCUCCUCCUUACGUGCUGUGGUGCAAAGACCAGUGGAAUGAGGUGAAGGAAGCUAAUCCAGAUGCUGAUUUCAAGGCCAUGUCGAAUCUGCUGGGUGCGAAAUGGAAAUUUGUCUCCGCGGAAGAGAAGAAGCCUUAUGAAGAGAGGUACCAAGCUGAGAAGGAGGCCUAUUUGAAGAUUGCAGGGAGCGAGAAGCGUGAGCUCGAUGCGAUGAAGCUUCUCGAAGAAGAGCAGAAGCACAAGACUGCAAUGGAGCUGCUCGAACAGUACCUGCAGUUCAAGCAGGAGGCAGAGAAAGAGAACAACAAGAAAACAAAGAAGGAGAAAGAUCCUUUGAAGCCGAAGCAUCCGAUGUCGGCCUACUUCAUCUUCUCGAAUGAGCGCAGAGCAGCUCUGCUUGCAGAAAACAAGACUGUCUUGGAGGUUGCAAAGAUCACAGGUGAGGAGUGGAAGAACAUGACCGAUGUACAGAAAGCCCCCUAUGAAGAGAUAGCAUUGCAAAACAAGGAACAAUAUGCGGAAGAGAUGGAAGCUUACAAACAGAAGAAGGAAGAAGAAGCUGCUAACCUCAAGAAAGAUGGGGAAGAGUUCAUGAAACUCCAGAAGCAAGAAGCUAUGCAACUGCUCAAAAAGAAAGAGAAAACUGAAACUUUGAUCAAGAAAGAGAAAGUGAGUCGCCAGAAGAAGAAGAGCGAGGAGAAGACUGUUGAUCCGAACAAGCCAAAGCGCCCUGCCUCGUCCUACCUUCUCUUCAGCAAGGAGACGAGGAAGAGUUUGGCGGAAGAGCGUCCCGGGACCAACAAUUCUACUAUCACUGCGCUCAUUUCGCUCAAGUGGAAGGAAUUAAGCGAGGAAGAGAAGCAGGUUUGGAAUGAGAAAGCUGCGGAGGCAAUGGAGGCAUAUAAGAAAGAAUUGGAAGCAUACAACAAUAAUUUGGCAGAAAAAAACGAAGAUAAUUAGGAAAACGUCAAGACUGAUGUUUAUGAAUGAUGUUCAACUUGGAUUAUGUUGAACAUCUCUGACUAUGAUGCUUUUGUUUUCAUUGAGAA